GCAUUUUAGUAAGAUUUUAGUAAACAACCUUGUUGCUGGUAAAAUCCGAGCGCGCCGCUAGUACGCGAUGCCGCGGGGACGUCCUCGGAAACCGAAGUUAUUUCCGGGUUUUGAGACCGCUGCAAACGACAAAGGCACUGCUGGUAAGGAUAAUGAAGCGAGCGUAACAAAUCAAAUUGCCAAAGGUAAAAGCCGGGGCCGGCCUCGCCAACCCCGUCCGGAGGUUUUGAACCCGAAAGAAGAGCCUGGAGAUGAUGAAGAUGAAAACGAACAACCUACACAGGAGCAGCAGGAUGCGCACGAACUCCCAAUAGGGAGGAAGAGAAAAGGCCGCCAAAAAGACGAAAAGAAAUCCAACCUAAAUUGCGAGUUUUGCGGAAAGUUUUUCAAAUUUCGCGCCACACUUAAGCAACAUGAACAGAUACACUAUGGGAUCAAGGAGUUCGAGUGUGAGAUCUGUUACCGGCGGUUUCUCCACAAAGGAACACUGAAAGUGCACCUUCGGUUGCACACCGGAGAGAUGCCUUACAAGUGCCCUCACUGUCCGAAGCAGUUCCGGGGCCAGACUGCGUUGGAUUGCCACGUCUUCAGGCACACCAAACAGGGCACCAAGUGUCCCCAGUGUUCGUCGGUUUUUGCAACGCCGUCCAUCGUCAAGCAGCACAUUCGGGAAGUUCACACCACGGAGCGACUGAAUACUUGCCAAAUCUGUGGAGUCACGUACAAACACCUGAAGAGUCUACGGUUGCAUUUGAGAAACCACCAGAAACGAAUCUGUCCGGAUUGUGGGAAAGUUUUCCAUAGUGUGUACGUCAUGAUGACCCAUCGGAAGAUUCAUGCUCAGGAUCAUUUUAAGUUCAAAUGUGCGUUUUGCGAUCGCAAGUUUGAAAAGGAAGACGAACUGGAGUCUCACAAUAAGCUUCGCGGACGGACCUAUCAGUGCGAGAUGUGCUGCCACAGUUUCAAUAAGCCUGAUUACCUGGAGAAUCACAACCGGCGCAACCACUGGAAAGAGUUGGGAUUGGAACAGCUGAAGGUUGCCCCACCGAAGAAUGGUUGGAACCGGAAGGGUGUUCCAAAACCGAAGAAAAAGGAAACUGAGGAAGAGGAAAACGUUCCACUGGAGGAGCAAACUGCCGAACCAAUUGAGGUGGGUUACAAUGUGGACGUUCCAUCUGGUCCGGAAACGUGGCACAAUUACAAUGUUCCACUGUCGGAAAUCGGUGGUUAUUCGAUGCACGGCGUUCCGCCGAAUGUGCCAAUAACUGUGGAAGCGAUCAGCAAUUCCGAAGAUAUUAUAGCCAGAGCGGAUCAAAACGUGCUGAUUGAGAUUCUGGAGGCACCUUCUGAUGGGCAACCGGCCAGGAUUUUGAAAACGAUCACAACUGAAAUUGAGCCAGUUUUGCCGUAUCGGGAGUCGAACUUUAAAUUGGGGGAAAGUGUUCAAAUUGAAUCAAUACAGGACGAACCACGAUUGGAAUCCGACCACGACUACGCGGGCGAUGAUCACUGCCAAGACAAUGAUGACGACGACGAUGAAGUAGCAGAUGAUGCAUUGGGUGUGGAAAGUCAAGAAUCGGAAAUGAGAAUCAAAGUGGAAUCGGAUCCCGAAAUCGAUGGGAGUCGGUUGUCUGACACGCAUAAUGUGUUUGAACCUUUUUUAGUGGAAAAAGCGGAGGAAUCCCCGGAGAUGAGUGCAAGGAACGAACCAGACUCGGAUUCAGACGACGACGAGAAGCCACUGGCGGCUUUGCUUCCAAAACUUCGACUGAAAAGGAAUGAUUCGUUCCUCAAAAAAGAGGAAAUACCUUCGAAAUCCCCACCUCGAUGCAUCGAAAAAGAACCGCUCAGCAUCAAGACAGAACUAGAAGAAUGUUCAAACGAAGGCUCUCGAACGGAACCAUCCGACGUUGAUGAGAAACCUAUGAAAAGUCGCAAACGAAAGCAGGAAAUCUUCUGUUCAUUCUGUGGCGAUUCCUUUAAAUGGCGAUCUGCUCUCAAAAAACACAAAAAGACUGUUCAUCCGGAUAUCAAGUGGAAAGAAGGGCCUUUCAUCUGCGAGGUGUGUGGAAAGACCUAUGCCACCAGUACGUCGCUCGUUUGUCACCGGAGUCGGCACGAAGAGUACCAACGGUUCAAGUGUGACGAAUGUCCGAAAGCUUUUACUUUCCGUUGCUAUCUGGAGACGCACAAACGGGCCGAACACCUGCGCGAGCGGCUGAUUUGUUCCCUCUGUGGCAAGCAGUUCAAGUAUAGUCAGGACUUGAAGGUUCACACCAGGCAGCACGAGGAUGACAAACCGUUCAAGUGCGAUCAAUGUCCGUCGGAGUUCCGAUAUCCGAGUGCCUUGCGCAGCCAUAAGGCAUGCCACGAGAAAACUGUGUUCUCCUGCGACAUCUGCAACAAAGCCUUCAAGUACGCCAACAGUCUACGGGUGCACAAGCGUUUGCACAGUGGAAUCAAGCGGUUCCGGUGCGAAAUCUGCGAGCGCGAGUUCAAUACCAAGGCACCGCUGGUGAGGCACUUGGCUACACAUUCGGUCGAGCGGGAAAUGAAGUGCGUAGUCUGUGAUAAGAUUUUCUACAAGAAAGUUGAUCUCGUGAUCCAUCAGUCGAAGGAGCACCCGAACAAUCCGGCCAUUGGGAAGACGGUCAAGAUCCACACAUGUGACGUUUGCGGACAGGAAUUUGCCAAGAAGAGCAAUAUGAAGGCCCAUGCCUACAUCCACGGGGACGUGUACAAGUACAAGUGUAGGCUGUGCAAGGAUCAGCAGUUCAAGCAGCACGCUGGCCUGAGGCAUCAUUUGAUACAUUUCCACAAGAUGAAUCUUUCCCGGAGGAGUGCAAAAUCGGUCUGUGAGAGAAAGGCCGGCGCGACGGUAACGAAGGAUAGGGAGGAGAUUUCGACGGUGGAUGCUACCCUAACGCCGGCAGUUAGCGUCAUUCACAACGGGAUAGAGUUUCUGGUGCAGCAGGUCGAUUGUGAGUAGGUGUGAUGGGUUCGUUAGUAGAUUGCAUAAUGAUUGUAUAUAGGAAGUUUAUUCUGGAAAAGCAACAUAACGCGGAGAAAUCAUUGUCCGAAAUUCCAAGCCUGGUAAAAUUAAUCAUAUCGUCGAGCAACGGUUUCAAGACUAGGACCGUAUUUUGUCGAGGUUCGUAUGAAAAUCAUAAUUGAGACGUGCAAUUUGCAUAAGCCUAAAGGAAU